CCCGCCCACCAACACCAAUCGCCGUCCCACCCACCCCUAACCCCAAUCUACCUCGCACCCCGGUGAGGUGCUCCGGUGCCGGCUGGCCGCGACCUGGACGGAGGCGCUCUGCCGCAGGCUACCUCCACGGCCUCCUCUCCCACGCUCACGCCGACGGCCACGGUGCUGCAGCCUGCAGGACCUACGGGAGGUGAGGUGCGCACGGAUCCGUCCCCUACCUCCCCUCCCCAGCCGGCGCUCGCCCUCUUCUCCGACGAACCUACGGGUCUGCUCCUCCCGCCUUGGAUCCGACGGUGGAUCCAUGCCACCGCACCGACGAUACCUUCAUCUCUCUCGGCGGAUCUGGCCGUCGGCGAGGAGGCCAAGCCCAUCACCGCCUCCUGCUCCGGGCACGGCCAUCCCGGCCUCCGAUCUGGCCGUCCCCGAGACUAGCGGGAGCAGCGACGUCCUUGGCCACCACGGCGACGAGCGUGUUGCAGGCGUGGUGCGGCGCGAGUGCCUCAAGCCAAUCCCCAAGUGAUCUCUCGUACACAACUCUGCAAUCUGCAUCUUGAUUUCUCGCACACUUCAGAGUUCCGACAUGAUGGAUACACUUGUAAGCCUUGCUGGCUACCUAGCCGGAAUCGCGUACCCUGUACUGUUGUGGCUGCUGGUGCUUGCCGCCAUUAGCUUCGUCAUCGCCAUACCGCUGCCGUCGGCCAUGGACGAACACCCCUUGCUCACCUGCAUUGUCACCAUCUUCCUGACAGUGGUGGUGAUGACAACUCCUCGAGAUACAUUUGUAAGCCUUGCCGGCUACCUUCCCGGAAUCGUGUACCCUGUAGUGGUGUGGCUGCUGGUGUUUGCUGCCAUUAGCUUCAUCAUCUCCAUACCGCUGCCGUCGGCCAUGGACGAACACCCCUUGCUCACCUGCACUAUCACCAUCUUCCUCAUAGUGGUGGUGAUGACAACUCCUCGAAAUACACUUGUAAGCCUUGCUGGCUACCUUCCUGGAAUCGUGUACACUCUACUGAUGUGGCUGCUGGUGUUUGCCGCCAUUAGCUUUGUCAUGUCCUUACUGCUGCCGUCGGCCAUGGACGAGCACCCCUGGCUCCCCCCCACUGUCACCAUCUUGCUCACAGUGGUGGUGAUGACAACUCCUCGAAAUACACUUCUAAGCCUUGCUGGCUACCUGUCCGGAAACGUGUACCCUCUACUGGUGUGGCUGCUGGUGUUUGCCACUAUUAGCAUCGCCAUUAACAUCGUGUACCCUCUCUUACCGCUGCCGGCGGCCAUGGACAAGUACCCCUUACUCACCUUCACUGUCCCCAUCUUCCUAACAGUGGUGCUGAUGAGAACGCCAUGGGAUACAAUUCUUGACCUUGCUGGCUACCUUCUGGAGACCGUGUACUUGCUGCUGCUGUGGCUUCUUGUGUUUCUGGCCAUUAGCGCAGUUGUUAGUGUCCUUGUGCCGUCAGCCAUCAAGGAAUACCCUGACUUGGCCGUCCAGUUCACCAUCGGCCUCACGGUGGUGCUGAGAAUCCCAGCUUUAGGGGGCACAAUCCUCGACAUCGUGUGCCUGCUGCUGGUGUGGUUUCUGUUGUUCUACUCCAUUAGUGCAGUGGUCGGCAGAAUACUUGUGCCGUCUGCCGCCAAGAAGUGCCCCAUGGUCACCUUUGUGUUCGUGGUCGGCCUCACACUGCUGAUGAUGAGAGUGCUGUGGGGAUGGGGCACAACCGUCCAGCUGCCUGCACGGAUCUCUCUAGCUCCCACAACCUUGCCUUUGGACGAGUUGGUUUUGGACGAUUUUGUCAGGUUCCCAGAGUCUCGUCAGAUGGAUCUCAUCUUCAGAGACACUGAAGAAAUGAAGGUGGAACACGAGAGGGAUAUGGAGAAGAUCAUCCCAGGAUCCAGUCUGCUUGCGGAGGAGAUUAAUGACCUUAAGCAUGAUGUGCUAUACCAGGGAGCAACUCAGAGAUUGGUUAUCUACACGGUUACGAUCCUGAUUAUUACCAUGGGCUGCAUGAUCAAAUUCUUUAUUGAAAAUGCCGAUGAUGGGUUGAUCAAUAGAUGUGUUUUCGAGAGGAAUGCUUUGGCUAAGGAUGCGCUGGGCAGUUUUCGUCGGCACAUCCUUCGUUAUGCCUCGAGGAUUUCUAAAUAGUACUUCCUCCGAUCCAUAUUAAUUGCUGCUGGUCUAGUACAACUUGUAUUCGUGUUGGAGCCAUCCAAGCUUUUUUGGGAGCGCUUGUUAAUUUAUAUCGUACAUAUGCUUGUACAUGCAGAUAUUGUUCACUAGGAUUGCCAAGUUACUGACUAGUUAGGAUACGAUCUGAAGAUCUAUGCAGUUGUAACCAACCCUGUAAAACCGUGAUAUUGUUCAGUGUAUAAAAUUAUAAAUAGAGGCGUAGCCAGCAGUUUAGCUGUGCGCAUUGAUCA